AUGUCCCUGAAGCAGGAUUUGAUGAUUAUUAGCCAUAUCCAAGCCAUGUCAAUACUCAUCUCAACCUUCCACCAUGCCAAGUCCCCUUCUGCCAUCGAUCAGAGAACAUUUGCUAGGUACACAGAACGAACUGCUUUUGAGAGGCCCCUUACUAGUGGUGUUGCUUAUGCUGUGAGGGUGCUUCAUUCUGAAAGGGAACAAUUCGAGAAGCAACAUGGUUGGACCAUUAAGAGGAUGGAUACCCUUGAGCAGAACCCCAUUCAUGAGGAUGACUAUGCUCCUGAGGCAUUGGAGCCUUCCCUAGUUCGAGAAGAAUAUGCUCCUGUCGUUUUUGCACAGGAUACAAUUUCCCAUGUUAUUUCUGUUGAUGUGCUGUCCGGAAAGGAAGAUCGUGAAAAUGUUUUGCGUGCCAGAGAGUUAGGGAAAGGAGUUUUAACCGCUCCUUUUAGGCUACUCAAAACAAAUCAUCUUGGAGUUAUCCUCACCUUUGCAGUUUACAACACAGAUCUUCCAUCAAAUGCAACCUCAAAUGAAAGGAUUCAAGCAACAAAUGGGUAUCUUGGUGGCGUCUUUGAUAUUGAGUCAUUGGUUGAAAAAUUACUUCAACAACUAGCUAGCAAGCAAACUGUGAUUGUUAAUGUGUAUGAUACUACUAAUCAUACCCACCCGAUUCCAAUGUAUGGUUCAAACGUAUCAGAUGAUGGAUUCUAUCAUGUUAGUUCCCUGAACUUUGGAGAUCCUUUUCGGAAGCAUGAGAUGCACUGUAGGUUCAAACAGAAACCUCCGUGGCCCUGGUUGGCAAUAGCCACAUCAAUUGGCAUCCUUGUUAUUACGCUCCUUGUGGGUCAUAUUUUUCAUGCUACUGUGAAUCGAAUUGCUAAAGUGGAGGAUGAUUACCGUGAGAUGAUGGAACUUAAAAAACGAGCUGAGGUAGCUGAUGUUGCCAAAUCCCAGUUUCUGGCCAUCGUUUCUCAUGAGAUCCGAACACCAAUGAAUGGUGUUCUUGGAAUGUUGCACUUGCUUAUGGACACAGAUCUAGAUGUAACACAGAAAGAAUAUGUCAGAACAGCACAGGGUAGUGGAAAAGCUCUAGUAUCGCUUAUAAAUGAGGUUUUGGACCAGGCAAAGAUUGAAUCUGGUAAGCUUGAGCUUGAGGCAGUGCUAUUUGACAUACGAGCAGUUUUGGAUGAUGUGUUGUCACUAUUCUCUGAGAAAUCUCAAGAAAAGGGAGUAGAGUUGGCAGUGUAUGUCUCAGAUAAGGUUCCUGAACUGCUUGUGGGUGAUCCAGGAAGGUUUCGGCAAAUAAUUACAAAUCUCAUGGGCAAUUCAAUUAAGUUCACAGAGAAAGGGCACAUAUUUGUCACUGUCCAUCUUAUUGAGGACGUUGUCAAUUCCAUCGAAGUUGCAACAGCAAAGAAUACCCUGAGUGGCUUUCCUGUUGCUGAUAGAUGUCAAAGUUGGAAAGGAUUCAAUUCUGUUGGUCAAGAAGGACCUCUGGGUUCUUUCUCAUCUUCCUCUUCUGAUCGCAUUACUCUCAUUGCAUCUGUUGAAGAUACAGGCGAAGGAAUUCCUCAAGAAGCCCAAUCCCACAUCUUCACUCCAUUCAUGCAGGUUGGUCCUUCUGUCUCCAGAAAACAUGGGGGAACAGGUAUUGGGCUGAGCAUCAGCAAGUGCUUGGUUGGCCUCAUGCAUGGGGAAAUUGGAUUGAGCUGUCCAAAGAUUGAAUCUACUUUCACAUUUACUGCUGUCUUCAAUGAAUCCCCUAUUUCAACUGAUGGUAAAACUCAGCAAAUUAAGAACCAACCUAACCUUGCAUCCUCAGAAUUUCAGGGCAUGACCACACUUGUUAUAGACCCUAGACCUGUCAGAGCUGAAGUGUUGAGGUAUCACAUUAAACGGCUUGGCAUUCAUGUUCAAAUAGCUUCGGAUUUAAAUCAAGGUUUGUCUGUCAUAAGCAAGGGGGAUAUGGUUAUCGAUAUGAUCUUAGUUGAGCACAAAGUCUGGGAUGGAGAUUCUGGUGUUUCAUCUCAAUUUAUCGGUAAGAUGAGGAAAAUUGACGGCAGGGAUCCUCCAAAGCUGUUCGUUCUUGUUAAUUCUAGCAGCUCUUCCAGAACAAGUUCCAUAACAUUGGGUGUCAAUAAUCCAACUGUCAUUGUAAAACCUCUGAGAGCAAGCAUGCUUGCUGCUACAUUACAGCGAGCCUUGGGGGUGGGGAACAAGGGGAAUCCUCGAAAUGGGGAGCUUCCAAGUUUGUCUCUCUGCCAUCUUUUGCGUGGGAGAAAAAUCCUCAUUGUAGACGACAAUAGUGUGAAUCGAAUAGUAGCAGCUGGUGCUUUAAAAAAGUAUGGAGCUGAUGUGGUCUGUGUUAACAGUGGAAAAGAUGCCAUCUCUAUGCUGAAGCCGCCUCAUCAAUUUGAUGCCUGUUUUAUGGAUAUUCAAAUGCCAGAAAUGGAUGGGUUUGAAGCUACUAGGAUGAUUCGGGAGAUGGAACGUGUAAACAGAGGAGAAGUGCCCGUGGAAACCUUGGAAAAUACUUCAAACUGCCACAUGCCCAUUUUGGCUAUGACUGCAGACGUGAUUCAGGCAACGCAAGAGGAAUGCCUGAAGUGUGGAAUGGAUGGAUAUGUUUCGAAACCAUUUGAAGCCGAACAGCUUUAUCAGGAAGUUUCACGGUGUUUCCAAUCCACUUCAUGAGAGAAUACCAUUCAGAAAAUCAGAGAUUUGCAAUGGACGCAUUGCUGCCUGUUUUCCAGGACACUCACAAGCUUGCAAAUAGUUUCACA